UGGCUGUGCGUGGUAGACCACACCAGUGCUUCUUGCCGCGACUACAGCAAUGCUUGUUAUAAAGCCAAGUAUGUUCCCAUCUCUUGGAACUCAUCCUCCAGCAGGCUUCGUUGGCAUCACUUCGAUCAACUAUUCUUUCGCUUGAAUAACUCGUUCCGGUCUCUCAUCCGUUUAUCGAACAUGCCUUCCUUCACCUACCUCACAGCGGCUCUUGCCCUGACCAGCGCUGUCGCUGCGAACCCUGUGCAGAAGCGCGAUGCGUUCUCUCUGCAGCAGGUCAAGCACAACAUCCACCUGAAGAACGGUCCUGGCCAGAUUGCGAAGACCCUUCGCAAGUAUGGCAAGGCUGUCCCUGAGCACAUCCAGGCUGCCGCCGACACACGUGCCAAUGCUGUUACUGCUUUGGCUUCUGGCACUGAGCCUGCCAACCCCAGCGACGACUACGACUCGUCCUACCUCAGCCCUGUUACCAUCGGUACCACCACUGUCAACCUCGACUUUGACACUGGAUCUUCUGAUCUCUGGGUCUUUUCUUCCCUCCAGGCUUCCACUCAGCUUACCGGCCACGACUACUACAAGGUCGAUGCUUCCAAGGUCAAGAGCGGCUACACAUGGAAGAUCGGCUACGCUGAUGGCUCCGGUGCGUCGGGCAAGGUCUACGCUGAUAAGGUCACCGUUGGCGGUGUGACUGCCACUUCCCAGGCCGUCGAGGCUGCCACCUCUGUCUCUUCCACGUUCUCCCAGGACCGUGACACUGAUGGUCUUCUUGGUCUUGCCUUCAGCUCGAUCAACACUGUCUCGCCGACUCCCCAGAGCACCUGGUUCGACACUGUCAAGUCCUCGCUUGCAAAGCAGCUCUUUGCUGUUAACCUGAAGUACCACGCUGCCGGAACCUACGACUUUGGCUUCAUCGACUCUGCCAAGUACACUGGUGCCAUUACUUACGUCAACGUCGACAACAGUGACGGCUUCUGGGGUUUCAGCGCGACCGGAUACUCCGUCGGCACUGCCGCUGCCGUCAAGACUAGCAUUGCCGGUAUCGUCGACACCGGUACCACUCUGAUCUACGUCGACGCUGCCAUCGCAAAGGCCUACUGGUCCAAGGUUACCGGCGCCAAGGUUGACAACACACAAGGCGGCUAUGUGUUCCCCUGCUCUGCUACUCUGCCCAGUUUCUCCAUCACCGUCGGCGGUGUUGCCCAGACCGUUCCCGGCAAGUUCAUCAACUACGCCCCCAUCUCUACCGGCUCCAGCACCUGCUUCGGCGGCAUCCAGACUAACGACGGCGUCGGCUUCAACAUCUUCGGCGACAUCUUCCUCAAGAGCAAGUACGUUAUUCACGACGUCUCCACGGGCUCGCCCCGUCUUGGUUUCGCGCAGCAGGCGGGCGUAACAGCCUAAGCAACUGUACCGGAAGCCUUGUUCUGCUCAUUGGACCGGCGCAUUGAGCCGGCUUGCAUGUGAUGCACG